AUGGAAAACCAUAGAAAUAUCUCAGAAUUUGUUCUUCUAGGACUUUCUUAUGGUUACAACAUGAAAUUAUUUUGCUUUGUAUUUUUUUUAUUCUGCUAUAUUGCCCUUUUGGGAGGAAACCUUCUGAUCAUUAUUUCUGUUCAGUGCAGUCCUCUUUUUAACCAACCUAUGUACUAUUUCCUCAUCUACUUAUCUUCUAUGGACAUCUGCUAUACCUCUACUGUUACUCCCAAAUUAAUUGGCGACAUGCUAGUCGAAAGGAAGACCAUUUCCUACAGCAGCUGCAUGUUACAGAUCUUUACCAUGCACUUCUUUGGAGGCAUUGAGAUCUUUAUUCUAAUUGCCAUGGCUUAUGAUCGCUGCAUUGCCAUCUGCAAACCCCUCCACUACAUGCUUAUCAUGAGCAGGACGAGGUGCAAUCUCCUAGUCUUAGCUUCCUGUGUUGGUGCAUGUAUCCAUGCCUUUCCUCUUUUCACUAUAGCCAUCAGUUUGCCCUUCUGUGGUCCAAAUGAAAUUGAUCAUUAUUUCUGUGAUGUCUUCCCUUUGCUUAAAGUUGCCUGUACUGACACCUACAUCAAUGGUGUCCUGAUAAUUGCCUUUUCAGGUAUACUCUCCUUAGUUGUUCUGAGUGUUUUAUUGAUUUCCUAUGGAAUUAUAUUAUUCUCUUUAAGGAAUCAGUCAGCAGAGGGAAGACAGAAAGCCCUUUCUACCUGUGGGUCCCAUAUCACUGUGGUCAUUUUCUUUUUUACACCUGCCAUCUUUGUAUACCUUCGACCUCCAACUACAUUCCCCGAGGAUAAAAUAUUGGCACUGUUUUAUACUAUCAUUGCUCCAAUGUUCAAUCCCUUAAUCUACACUCUGAGAAAUACAGAGAUGAAAAACACACUGAGGAAAGUGUGGUGUCAAACAUUCCUUUCAACAAAAGCACACAAUUAG